AGGUAACGGCAAUGCACACCAGAAGUUGCUUGUCAACCGCCAAUAAAAACAAAGACGAGGAGGACGUGAUUUCAUCAAUCCAGCAGGUGGCGGUAAAGCACUAAAUAGCUGGUUUGCCAACCGUCAAAGAAACAACAAUGAAGAAGAAGAAGCUGCAGAAGAAGAACUUGACCGGGAAUACAACAUUUGAAUAUUACAGCGGAAAAACACAACUCGAAGUCUGUACAUAGAUGCAGACUCAGGCGCCGAGCCGGACAUCAACUGUCGCCGCCAUAUUGUCGAAAGGCACUUUAUGAAAAAAAAUGAGUGACCUGGAGUGUAUCAGCCGCCACAUUUAUGACAAGAUUUCAUCCAUUCAACGCUUGUUGGAUUUGUCAGAUGUGCCUCAAGAUAAAAUUAAAACACUUGGACAAGAAAUUAUUUCGCUCGAGAUUCUUCUGGAAGAGUUUGAAACAACUGUUGGCUGUCAGAAAGACCAGUUGAAUCAAUUGAAGGAACUGGAAGAAUUAUUCCAAAAUCAUGUCGAGAUUCUCCAGCACCUCAAGGACAAUGUACCUGCUCAUAUGCCCAAGGAAAAAGCACCUGAAAUAGAGAAAGAGCCUUCUCCCAACCAGGAUCAGGUACCAAAUGUGGAACCCAUCCAUCACAACAUUGCCAAAAACAUCAAGUGUUAUGUCAGAGAGAUGGAGUUUAUCACUACGGCUGAGUUUGAAAGCAUCCCGCAGUACAUGAAAGGACGAGUGUCAUACAGUCAAAUCAAUGCAGCAGUGCAGAGCAUUAAUACAGCCAUUGCAGCAAAGUAUAAAAUCAUCCACCAGCCUGUGAAAACACUGAAGAACCAUGCACGCAAGCUGCUCCAGCGCUUCAAGGAUCAGGAAACUAAGGAAACCAAAGGUCAGUACUUUGUGGUGGAAGAGGACUUACGUGAAUUCACCCAAAUGAAGGUGGACAAGCGGCUUCAGGGAAUAUUUAACAUGUUGCGACACUGCCAGCGCUUACGGGAGCAGCGAGGAGGACGUGUCACCCGUUACGUGUUGUUAUAAAUGCAUUUUAAAAAGCAGAUGGAUUCUGAUUUCUAGUCUAUUUUUGGUGGUGGUGUUGCUGUCCAUUAAUAAUCAACUGACGGCCUGCUAGCCAAAUCUGUCCUCCGUGUGAUGUUAGACCUGGCCCACAAAUGCAGUGUAUUUUUGCUGCAGAUUGCUUAAAGCGCUGUCAUUCUGAGAAGGUGUGUGGCCAUUUGUCCCUUACAGGUUUUUUGGCAUGCACCACAUUCUAAAAUUCAAUUAAACAAGACAGCAACCAGCCUGGAGAAAGUCGGCUGGGAAAAAUGACCACCCGGUAAUUAUCUGUCAAACUAUCCAGAGAUGGCAUGACUCGCAUCAGCAUCUCAGCAAUGUGUCUAACAAGACGUAACAGAUCCAAUGUUGCCGUCAUGACAAGAUCCCACCUGAGAUGUUGACCACAUGGCACAGCGAAGGGGGCGCCAGCAUGAUCCUUCGAUGGACCCAUAGAGAUUCAACGUCAAACGGUAGCGGGCGAUGUUAUCAUCACUGUACAUGUUAAUACAUGACCACAGCGUGUAUAUCAGACCAUUCAACUUUGUUUUUUUACAGGGCUUCAUAGGUGUAUCCCAAUGACAGCAUUGUAAGCUAGCUCAAGUUAACUCGUUUUCUCAUGUUAUAAUGCACAGUAAGAAAUAUGUGUUCAUGUUUCACAUAAGGAUUGUGAAUGAUGGGAAAAAUUCAGAAAAAGUGCACUUCCCCUUUUAAGGUGUAUUCGGAAUGUUGUGGAGUAAAAAAAAAAAACUUUAACUCCAAAUGGUUCAAGGACAGCUUUGUUACUUUGGGUGCAAAAAUCAAUUCCAGGACCCUAAGGAGUUAACAUUUCAAACAUUUAGUGAAAUAAAUGGUGACUGAUAUAAUUAUUUUUAAUUGUAUUCCAUUCUUAUUCAGCUUUGCUACUUUGCAAACACAAAGGAGAGACCACAACUUACAGUGGAACAAUUCCAAACAAAUUUAUUAGCAGAAGGUAAG